UCAGUGUACGCUAGUCACGCAACACCGACUCCUGAAGACAUCGCAGCGUCACACAACACGUGAAUGGCGUGAUCGUUCUUCUGGUUCUGCUUCGUCCUUUCUUUUUGAGACAAAUUUUUCCCUCCUGCAAAUUUUGUUUCACCAACUUUUGUUUCACCAGCUUUUGAGGACGCUCGACAAGGCAGGGUCAACGUGAAAGCACUCCUCAGCAGGUCGCAGACGCUGCAUUGUGCUUCUGCGUUGGAACCUGAGCUUGCAUCACGAUGGCGUCUUCUGUGGCUGCGAGGGCUAGCACCAGCGCAUUGGGGCUGGCGCGGGCCGGGUGCGCUGAAAAGGGGGCCGUCAGGCAGAAUGCAGUCCCUGUCAGGGCAUCAGGGCUUACCUCGCAGUUCUCUGGCGUCAAGAUUGCCGAGUCCUUCGGACGUAGCAGCAGCUUCACGCGGAAUGAGGUCGCUGCUGAGGUCAGCGCAAAGAGCGCACAGGGCAAAAGGACUGUUGCGACCAGGGCUCAGGGCCCUGUCGUUGCCGAGUUGGCCCAGCGGGCAGAAUACAUCUGGUCCGAUGGUGCUGAGGGCACAAAGGGGAUCAAGUUCAACGAGCUGCGCGCGAAGACCAAGGUCAUCCCCAAGGCAAUCACCACAAACAACCCCAAGGACUUCCCGCAGUGGUCUUUCGAUGGCUCCAGCACCGGGCAGGCCGAGGGCCACUUCUCCGACUGCAUCCUGAACCCCGUGUACGUCACCAACGACCCCAUCCGGGGGGGUAACAACGUGCUCGUCCUGUGUGAGGUCCUGACCCCCCAGGGCGAGCCCCACUCCACCAACACCCGCCGCAAGAUCGCCGACCUCCUGACCCCCGAGGUGCUCGCAGAGGAGACGCUUUUUGGGUUUGAGCAGGAAUACACCAUGCUUUCAAAGACCGGGCAGAUCUAUGGGUGGCCCGCAAACGGGUUCCCCGAACCCCAGGGCCCCUUCUACUGUGGUGUUGGCCAGGAGUCCGUCUACGGGAGGCCCCUGGCGGAGGCGCACAUGGACGCUUGCAUCAAGGCCGGUCUCAGAAUCUCUGGUAUCAACGCUGAGGUCAUGCCCGGCCAAUGGGAGUUCCAGAUCGGACCUGCUGGCCCUCUUGAGGUUGGCGACCACGUCCAGAUUGCCAGGUGGCUGCUGAACAGGCUCGGCGAGGACUACGGGAUCACCAUCACCCUGGAGCCCAAGCCGAUCCAGGGCGACUGGAACGGCACCGGCGCGCACACCAACUACUCCACCAAGAGCAUGCGUGAGGAGGGCGGCAUCAAGGCGAUCCACGAGGCCAUCGAGAAGCUGAGCAAGAAGCACAGGGAGCACAUCAUGGUGUACGGCAUCGGAAACGAGAAGCGGUUGACGGGCAAGCACGAGACGGCCAACAUUGACACCUUCCGGUCCGGUGUUUCCGACCGUGGCGCGUCCAUCCGUAUCCCGCUCGGGGUGUCGAUCGAGGGCAAGGGCUACCUCGAGGACCGGCGGCCGGCGGCCAAUGUCGACCCGUAUGUUGUUGCUGGGAAGCUGAUUGAGACCACCCUUGCCAAGUAAAGUGCCUUGUGACGCAAAGCAGGACCGUAGCCGUGGCUGGGCUUGAUGGGUCGGAAGGGCGACCCUGCGUGGCAUAAAAGGAUGGGUCCAUAAAGGGCGGGUAACGUGUUGGAAGUUCCUAAGAGUUCCAAUUAUUCAUGGAGAGGCGAUCUAUUCGCUUCCGUGGUCAAAUAUGCUAGUUGACUUGGUCAUCAGCACAUUAUCUGGUUAGCUUUGAGUACCUGAGCAGGUUUCGAGUUGACUCUAGAUCGUGAAGGAACGGUGUACUGCAUGCAGUUUCUGGAGGCAUGCAAUCGAAAUUUUGCACUACAAUACGGUUAUGGCACUCGCGCUUCUCUUCACUGAGAAAACUCGCCAUCCUCUUCUUAUCCUUUGUUGUCUCUUGCCAAAAACCUUGUAACUUAGUCUGUAUUGAGAACUCAGUGCCGCACGGGUCCUUGCAUCGCUAGAGUGACGCCCACGGAAUUCCCAUAGUCAGCCAUUGAAUUCGACCUGCA